GAGCCUGCCAAUGGGAGCGCGCGCCGCCACGCGUCCCCGCGAUCCCGAGGGAGCGGCGCCGCCAUAAAGGGGGAAUCCGGGGGCGGCCCGGCAACAUUCGCUCGCCGUCUGGGAACGAAGAAGCAGACAUGCCCCCCAAAGCAUCAGGAAAGGCCGCCAAGAAGGCUGGCAAGGCCCAGAAGGCCAUCGCCAAGGGUGACAAGAAGAAGAAGCGCAGGAGGAAGGAGAGCUACUCGAUCUACAUCUACAAGGUGCUCAAGCAGGUCCACCCCGACACCGGCGUCUCCUCCAAGGCCAUGUCCAUCAUGAACUCCUUCGUGAACGACAUCUUCGAGCGCAUCGCCGCCGAGGCCUCUCGCCUGGCCCAUUACAACAAGCGCUCCACCAUCACCAGUCGGGAGAUCCAGACGGCCGUCCGUCUCCUCCUGCCCGGUGAGCUGGCCAAGCACGCCGUGUCCGAAGGCACCAAGGCCGUCACCAAGUACACCUCCUCCAAAUAAGCAACCCACCAACUUGCUUGCACUGGAAAAGAACCGGCUCCAUCGGAGCCACAA